AUGUCCUGCUAUGAGAGGUGUCCUUCCACCUCCUGUGGCCCAACCCCACUUGCCAACAGCUGCAACGAGCCCUGCGUCAGGCAGUGCCAGGACUCGACAGUGGUGAUCCAGCCCUCGCCCGUGGUAGUCACCCUGCCUGGCCCCAUCCUCAGCUCCUUCCCCCAGAACACCACUGUGGGAUCCUCAGCAUCUGCAGCUGUUGGGAGCGCGCUCAGUGCCGAGGGAGUGCCCAUCUCCUCUGGGAACUCCUCUGGAUUGGGGAGCUUUGGCUACCCAGGCCUGGGCAGUGGGUACAGCCGGCCCUAUCGUCGCUACAACACCUACCGCAGUGGCUUCUAUGGGCCAUGCUAA